AAGCCUAGUCAACCCUGGCUCACGGCCGAUGUGUUUGCGUGUUCGUUGGCGUGCGGAAAGUGAAAUCGUGUCAUAUGCUACAGAUUAUUUACGUCAAACAAUCGCAACACCAUGCAGGACGAGGUCUUGCUUCCGAUUGAUAUCCAAACAAACAAGUUAUUGGAUUGGUUGAUAAGCAGACGACACUGCAACAAGGACUGGCAAGCUAAAGCGCUCAUCGUACGAGAGAAGAUCAAUGGCGCCAUCCAGGACAUGCCUGAAGUCGAGGAAAUUAUGAACCUUCUCGCAGGAACAUACAUUCACUACUUCCACUGCCAGAGGAUAGUGGAAAUCUUGAAGGACACGGAGGCCAGCACCAAGAACCUCUUUGGCCGGUACUCCUCCCAGCGGAUGAAGGACUGGCAGGAAAUUAUUCGCCUUUACGAAAAAGACAAUGUUUACCUUGCGGAAGCUGCUCAGAUGAUCAUACGCACGGUCAACUACGAAGUACCAGCACUAAAGCGGCAGAUAUCAAAAUGUCAACAGAUCCAAGAGGAAGCAGUCAAGAAAGAGGCUGAUUAUGCCAAGCAUGCCCAAGACCUCAGGGACAGGUACCAGCAAGAAUGCAAGCAGUUGGGCAUCAAGGGCGAGUGCGUCAAGAAGGAGCUUCUCUCACUACUGGACGAGUUGCCGGGCCUCUUUGAAGGUGCCGUCAAGGAACUGCACAAAGCGCAGCCAGCCAUCGACCUCUACAGGCUGUUCCUUGGCUUCACAGUGCCAUCAAGCAAAGCUGAUGGCAGCAGCACAGCGGUCCCCCUGAUGCAGUUCCUUAUCUCUCACGGCAAUGUGACAACGUACCAAUGGCGGCACGGCGAGCCACCCGAGGUGGUCGAGGAGACGCUGCCUGUGCUGCCCGUGGACAUCGAUAAUGGCGGCAGCGAGGACCAGAUCGAUUUUGGUGAUCUCGAUAUUGGAACCAGCACCAGCGAUUCCACUGCCACGUCCCCCAACGGAGACUUUGUGCACGUGGGCUUUGGUGAUGGCGAAGAGGCAAUUGAAGUCGCCGGCGGAGACACCAUCUCUUGGGACAUUAGUGUUGAAGCCGACGGCACUGCAGGAGAUGGAACCGCUGAGAAGAUACUCGAGGAGCAGUCCAGUCACACUGGUGCCAAGGUGGCCAGAGGAGCAGACGCCCUGUCGCUGCUUCACAACCCAGAGACGAGAACACAGUUCUUCAAUGAGAUUGAGGAGCUGGAGUGCUUCCUGGCCCAGUGGCUGAGCGAGAUGCAGCUUGACGGCGACGCCCUCUCGGCCAGCGUGCUGCAGCAGGCACCCGCCGAGGUGCAGCUACAGACGCGAGAGUCAGUGCUGGCGCACUUGGCCACCGUACGGUCGUGCCUGUCCUCUCUGACGACGGUGCGCAUGCAGCACCUCUACCAGCUGCACAGCUCACCGAAGUAUGUCGACCGCUUGGUGGAGACGCUCCAGCAGAAGCUGUACCUGGCUGACAAGAACUUGCAGUCGCGAGAAGCUGUCGCCACUCGACGUCAGGAGGCACUCGAAGAGCAACGGCAGCUGCAGCCCAAGCUGGACCUGAUCUUGGCCAAGAUCAGGCAGCUACAAAAGCAGGUGCAAGAUGACAUCUCAAAGAGGUACAAGGGCCGGCCUGUCAACAUAAUGGGAGGAAUCAACGUCAUGUGAUGACCUCUGUUCUAGUGGCACCUAGUGUACUUGCCAGAAGGCUGUCGACCACUGCAAGUGAAUGGCCACCCAUCCCUGAUGGCUUGCUUGGUCACAACCACUUGACCUCCCCCCAGCAUGUCGGGCUUCCUGUUGGCUCUUGUGAGCUUGAGGCAUGUGUGAAGGGCUUCCUUCAGGACAGAUAGUAAAUAACAAAAACGUAUGCCCAACACAGCCUAAAAAAAAAAAAAAAACUGUACACCCUUUAAAGCAUACAUGAACAUUACUCCUUUUAGGAGUAAUGCUUGCCCCAAAGGGUGUAUAUCCAAAGUGAGCACUACAUGCCAAAGGGUGUAAUAUGCCCACAUCGAUACUUGUCAUUAGUGAAGCGUGCAUUUCCUAUAUUUAAAAAUAAAGCCUGAUCAUCUAACAGCAGUGCUUAAAGGGAGAGAUGAACAUACAAGCGAGAUAUACAGUCUAUGUCUCCUCUAUGUUUGUCCCUUGCUUUACGCAGUGUUACUGGAUGAUCAUGAAUAACCAACUACCCUGAACUUCCAUUCUAUUUAAGACCUUGUCAGGAAAACCAAGGGACGCUGAGGUACCAUUGUGUUCCGGACAAGAAACACACAUAAGUUUGAUGGUGAGUAUUACUGUGGCAAAAUUACUCUUUAAAGGGUGUACAGUUUUUAUGCGCGCAUUUUGUAAGAGGAGAUGGGUGUCGGGAGAUCACGGAAAUCAUACAGCUUCUCCCAUGGCAGCAGCUGCCACUUUUAAGUGGAAUUUGCAUGGAACGAAUUUCCAACACAUUUCCAGCAUAUUCCUAACACAUUUCCACAGUAUUUUAAGCAUGCUGUCACUUGGUGCCAGUGGGCUGUCUCACACUGAGUGACAUCCAUGUUGUUACUGUGGUCAAAAUGUGUGCCAUUACAUAAAAUGAUUAACCAGUGAUGAUACAAAAGAUAUUUUGCCUGAGAUUACAGCAUGGUCAUCAUGCAGCAUGAAAUGGGCCUGCCAGCAUCGUGUGACACAAUGCCAAAAAUUAUUGCAAGCGUACGCAUCAUGUGGUUGCCUCUUCAGUGCAUGGUGAUUAUUCCUGUCGACAUGUGUACAUGCCAAUUACCUCUACAAAUUUUUACAUGUGCAUCCCUCCCCCCCCCCUAAUAUUAUGUUGCAGUUAGGUAUAUCAAUCUAUUGACUCCACUGUUGUGUUUAGUGGUUCAGGGCGCAUCAAAUUUUAUUUUCAAAGAGUGACUGGAAUACAGAAGUCGAUGUGCAAUUACCUAUGCAAAGUACUGCUGGAAAUGUGGGCAAUCAUAUUAGAGUCGGUAUGUGCGUAAAUGUUUUGUGUAAUUUGUUGUGACAUGUCACUGUUGACAUGUCCAAGUGAGUGUAUGUGUGAGCGUAUCUUUCACUGUUACCUGUGCUGAUAUGAACUAUUGCUAUACUCCGUGCCAUUACAAGCAUGUUUGGGACACCUGAAAAAUUCGUUACUAUUCGGAAUCAUAGAGCAAGCUUAUCCCUUGAAGAAUGACUGAAAUUGUAUUAGCAAAUGUGUUUAUUGCCACGUGAUCAACUCAAGGAAAAUCUGAGAUUUGGACUUGGCCUGCAGUGGAACGCUGAAUUUUUUCAGAGGGAUCACAGGAUUUUGUUGUUUCACAUUGGAGCUUGAGACUUUGAAUGUGAUUGAAAUAAACCUGCAAAGGAAUUUCACUUUGA